AAGAAGAGUGUACGCAUAUGAAUGCACACAUUCACUCUAUUUGCAACUCUGUCGAACCCUGCCGUAUUCGUCACUAGAUCGAGACUACGUACAUGUGUGUGCGUUCGUACGCGUGCGACUGUCCCACUCACACUAGCAAGCGGUGAGAAACGGAGUGCCUUCCACAAAAGCAGACGAGGAGCACAAGCAGCAGCAACAGCAGCAGCAGCAGUAGCAGAAACAGAAGCAGAUAGCCAGUAAAGAAAAAGGAAAUUAAAUUGUGUUAAUUCGUGCUGAGCAUCAAAAACAACACAGAGAAGAAACCCAUCUAUUGACGCGUAGGAAGAAGAAGACACGAUAAGUGGUCGUGGUUUAAAGAAAGGAAGGAAGUGCGAACGGAACUGCAGAGGUGUAGUUAUCCUAACGAAAGUGAAAACCAGUCUUUACUGACAACAUCAUGGAAAAACGCAUUUUGCUAGAGAAAAGGGGCCGUUCAGAUGAUGAGAUCACAGAACUCAUCCUGGACAACUGUCGGAGCACAUACAUUGAUGGUCUAACAGAUAGCUUCACCGCACUGGAAACGCUCAGCCUCAUCAACGUUGGGUUGGUUUCGCUUAAAAAUUUCCCCAAAUUGUCCAACCUCCGAAAACUGGAACUUUCGGACAACAGAAUAUCGAACGGUUUGAGCCACCUUAUGGGAAGCCCGAAGCUAACACAUCUGAAUCUGUCCGGCAAUCGCAUCAAGGACUUUGAUGAGCUGCAGCCAUUGAAGGAUUUGGAAAAUUUGGAGGUAUUGGACCUGUUCAACAAUCAGGUGACGCUGAUCGAAAACUAUCGCGAAAAGCUGUUCCAACUCAUUCCAUCUUUAAAUUAUCUCGAUGGAUUCGAUAAAGAGUACGUAGAAGCGCCUUCUGACGAGGAAGAUAUGGCUGGCUCGACCACAGAAGAAGAGGAGGCAGACGACUCAUGCGAAGAAUCGGAUGAUGUAUCGCUAGCAUACCUGUACAACGACAACCUUGAGGAAGAUCAAGAGGAUUGGAAGAGCGUCGAGAGUGAUUAUAAUAACGCGGAUGAAGAGUUCGACAGCGAGGACGAAGAGGAAGAGGAAGGCGCUGACAAUGAUGGCGCUGAAGAUGGUGGAGACAGUGAUGGGGAGGGUGAAGAUGAUGACGGCGAGGAGGAAGAAGAUGGUGCGGAUGAUGAGGGUGAUAACGAAGAAGCAGCGGCAUCUUCGGCUGCAAAAGCAUCCGACACAAAAGCUUCAGCAACAGUCACCGAGGGUGCGAAAUCAUCAUCGACCUCAGAGGAAGCGGCUGCAAGUGCCGGUGACGAGGGAGAAGCUGUUACGAAAGCAAGCGAACCUGAAGCAAGAGGUACGAAGAGAAAGUUCCAAGGUACGGACAGCGACGGUUAAGCACUUAAUCGUCAGUUUAAUGAACGCUUCCAAAUCAAAUAUAAACCCAAAACAAAACGUGGAACAACAACAAUCCUGGUUUUCUUCGGCAGCAUAGUGUUCGUUAUCGCACCCAGCAGCAGCAGCAGCAACAGCAACAUUAAUUUCCCAAAUCGUGCGAUUUUUCAUCACAUUUUGCCUACUGCUUUACAGGCAGUAGUGUGUGUAGUGCACAUACUGCAAAUUUUAUCAUUUUUCCAUCAAAAUAAAACAACAACAAAAAUGAACGCGUAACAGUCACAAACUUUGAUAGAUUGAAGAAAAAACCCACAAUAUAUAGACAUUAUUACUUUCCACACAACACGCCCGCGGAACAUUUUAACCAAAACACACAAACUAAUUAUAGCGAGGGAGGAGAACGAAUGGACGGGAAGAUCGCGUAUUUCAAAACUUUAAUAAACAAAAAGUAGAUGCAGUAAAACAGACGACAGAGAAGAACAAGAGAUAGUGGGGCAUGUUUUGCCCUGGUAGAAAAAGGUGAAGAAGGAAAGAUCUAAACAGCAUUUCCGAUUAUUUAAGGAAGCGACAUUGUGUCCCGCAUUACACAUAACCGAGCUGACAAAAAAGCAACUGCUAUUCGGCAUCAAUGGGUCGAUCAUUACAUUCGUGUGGGACCAUUUAUUUCAUUGAAUUAAAUUCAACCCCUAAGUUUGUUUGGUUUGUAAAAGCUAUUGAAAGUUAAUUCUCUCGAUAAUCCCAUCUAUUGAGAAGAAUUCGGUUGAGAUAAAGUACUAUUGUUAAAUUUCAUUAUUGUUUCCUUCGUGUCGGUCUUACCUAGUAUACAUGUGAAGCUUUGAAUAAUUGUUUAAAUUUUCUACGUAUAUUAUUUUAAAAGGCAAUGGCGUCAAGCAACACACAUCCGUACGAACGUUCCGCGGUUAUAGUGGUUUCAGAUACAGUCGGGGCGCGCUGCUGGUUGUAAAGUUUCAAACAAACGAAGAAUCGAUAGGGUAUGGAUAUGUGCGCCGCGUGUGAGUGAAGUUGAGGAAAACAAAAGGCCAAGAUGCAAAAGAGAGACCAUACAAAAUAAAUGUAAUCCACACACGACCUGAUAUAACAAAAACAACCCAAUGUAGUGUUACUUUUAAUUUGCGAUGUAUGUUUUUCGUUUGUUUAUAAUAAGUGUGAGGGAAAGUUGUUGAACAGUGUUUUUUCUUGUCUUUUUUAAGCAAAGAUAAUUAUCUCAGGCAAAGGCUUUCUUCGUUUCCCUGAAUGGCGGGAGAUAAAAGUUACAAACAAAUGUGCGGAAUUGUGCAGGCCCGUAGCGGCGCAUAUUUGUUACGUUAUCGUAACGUUACGUAGCAUGUGCAGGUCCUUGAUAACAGCGUUACAUGAAGAUUCAUUUCGAUUAAGUUUAAAGCAGAGCGAAAGGUGUGCAAGAAAAAUGCAGAUGUCAUUUUAGUACAAUAUACAAUGGUUUAUCUGUUAGAACAGAUUGAAAGAGGUGGAGCGCUCGCCUAGUUUACCCCCCCACUUCUUGUUACACAUGUAUUAAAUUCAUCCUAAAUUGCUAUGAAAGUUUUUAACUUGCAUUAAACUUUUUUCGGUCAGCGUAAAAUUUAGUGUGACUGUCACUAUUCUUAGCACCCUAAAGUUGUAGGUUUUGUAAGGUAAAGAAAAAAAACUUUUAAGGAUUAAAAACAUAUACUUUUGAGUAAAGCAAAGCGUGUACGAAGGUUCAGGGAAAAUGAAUGCGUGUAAAGGAAUGGGGUUUACUCUGCUGUAUUUUGUUUGAUAUAUGCAUAGGGCACCUAUUUAGAUUAAUAAGAUUAACAAUACAUCUUAUUUGUUUUUUGCCCCACGUUUUCGCAAAGCAUCAUUCAGCAUGUAAGCUGUUUGAAGAUAGGCAUUUGUUUUCGUUGUUCUCUCGUGAUUAUUCCGAAGCGCAAAAGUAUACCGCAUUUGUGUACCAACCAAAUGUGAGUGUGUGGUGAUGCUGAUUCUCCUUAUAAGCAUUUGUUAAAGAUUGCCGCAAGCUGGAGUAACAAGCCGUAAUAGCAAGUUGACCAAACCGUGGAAGGACACUGAACGCGGUAGCAGAGACAAAUGGAUCUCGUAACUCGGGAAAAAAGAUUUAUCAAAUCAAAACAAACACUUUGAAACAUUAUUGGUCACUAUAUGUGAGGGUCGAUUAGCAGCCGCACAAGCAAUAUAUUAGUGUUUGUGCUGUAUUACGAGACGAAAACACACAAAAAUUAAACGUGCCCUUACUACAAAAGACGCAAACAUUAUACACAGUAAACGGUGGUAACAGCACUUUCCGUACCAAGGGUGUGCCAUGCAUGCAAAGGGAUAUGAGACAAAAUCGGAAAGCAAAUAAUCAUGUGAAAACCAACGGUGCACGGUAUAUGUGUCGAUGUGAAAUGAUGAUUGCAAGAAAUCCGAUCCGGGGUUGGAAUCACAGAACAUACAAUCUUCUUCGGUCUGCGGCUCGUUUCCACAGGUGUUGAAAUGACAAAAAAAAGAAAACAGCGUACGAUGUCGCAGAGGAAAUGACAAAUGGCGGUAUGAUCGCGAAAACUGGAACAAAAUUUAUAAUUGCUAAGAAAGUAAUAUUUGUUUAAAUAAAUCACACAAAUGAAAAAAAAAAA